AUUUUUCUAUUUCACUGACAAAUUGCGUGUUUUCUUGCGUGGGUCUGUCUUUAUCUGGUUGUUUCUUCGAGCUGUUUGUUGAGAAAUUCGGGUUAUUUCAAAGUUAGAAUUUUGGUUUUGGUGGUGGAAAUGAACAAAUCACUAUUACCAUUGCAAAGUAAUUGUGGACGUCAGAAGAAUGUGAUUGGGAAGGAAGCUUUAGUCAAACUAUUGAGAUGGCAUUUUGGACAUUCUGAUUUCAGGGGGAAGCAAUUGGAAGCUAUUGAAGCUGUUUUAUCAGGAAGGGAUUGCUUUUGCCUCAUGCCAACUGGUGGAGGGAAGUCCAUGUGCUAUCAGGUCCCCGCUUUGACAAAACCAGGAAUUGUGCUUGUCGUUAGUCCUUUGAUAGCUCUCAUGGAAAAUCAAGUUUCAACAUUGAAAGAAAAAGGGAUUCCUGCUGAAUUUCUUUCUUCAACCCAGACAGUUCAAGUGAAAAACAAGAUAUACGAGGACCUCGAAUCUGGGAAGCCAGCUGUAAGGUUACUGUACGUGACACCAGAACUAAUUGCAACAUCUGGAUUUAUGUCAAAACUGACAAAGAUUCAUGCCAGAGGAUUGUUAAAUCUCAUUGCCAUUGAUGAGGCACAUUGCAUCUCUUCUUGGGGACAUGACUUCAGGCCUAGCUAUCGGAAGCUUUCUUUACUGAGAAGUCAUUUCCCAAAUGUACCAGUAUUGGCUUUGACAGCAACUGCUGCUCCUAAAGUUCAGAAAGAUGUGAUAGAAUCACUGAAUUUGCAAAACCCUCUAGUCCUGAAAUCAUCAUUCAACCGGCCAAAUAUCUAUUAUGAAGUUCGCUAUAAAGACCUUUUGGAUGAUCCAUAUGCUGACGUGUGUAAAUUACUAAAAUCUUGUGGAAACGUGUGCGCCAUUAUUUAUUGCCUGGAACGUACUAUGUGUGAUGAUCUUGCGAUCCAACUAACCCGCAGUGGCAUUUCUUGUGCUGCAUAUCAUGCUGGGCUGAAUAAUAAAAUGCGGAGCUCUGUCUUGGAUGAUUGGAUUUCUUCAAAAAUACAAGUGGUUGUUGCAACUGUAGCUUUUGGGAUGGGUAUAGAUAGAAAGGAUGUCAGAGUGGUCUGUCACUUCAAUAUUCCCAAAUCAAUGGAAGGCUUCUAUCAAGAGUCAGGUAGAGCUGGACGCGAUCAGUUGCCUUCCAGAAGUGUACUGUAUUAUGGAGUGGACGACCGUAGGAAAAUGGAGUUUAUUUUAAGCAAUACUAAAAGGAAAAAGGAUGAGUCCUCAAGCUUGCAAGAUAAAUCUUCGAAGAAGUCCCUGGACGACUUCAAACAGAUGGUUGAGUAUUGUGAAGGGUCUGGUUGUCGUAGGAAAAUGAUACUUGAGAACUUUGGAGAGAUGGUACCUGAUUCUUUAUGUGAAAAAUCAUGUGAUGUGUGCAAGCAUCCUAAUCUAGUUACAAGUAACUUGGAGCAACUUAAAACUGCAACUGCUUUUCGGCAGAGAACUGGAUCUUCAAGAAUAUAUAUGACCAGUGGUUCAAGUCUCAAUGCCGGAGAACAAUUGUCAGAAUUUUGGAACCGUGAUGAUGAAGCAAGUGGAUCAGAAGAAGAUAUAUCUGAAUCUGAUGAUGCUUUGGAUGCUGCAAAGAAUGCCGCUUCAUCAAAAACAUCCGCAAAGCUCAGGCUGCAAGAUAAAAUGGAUUUGCUGCAGCGUGCAGAAGAGAACUAUUAUCAGAACAAAAGCCAUGACAAGCAGGUCAAUAAACUUGACAAGAAUGCCAUACCUGAAACACUCAGGGAAGCUGGCAAGCAGAGAUUGCUGAAUGCAAUAAAGCAAAACCAGCAGAUGGUCAACGAUUCGAGGAUUGACAUUGAUAAAUCCGUAGUUUUUCUUGAAAAUGAAUGUUAUAAGAAGUAUGGCAAAAGUGGAAAGUCUUUCUAUUUAUCACAAAUGGCAAGUACAGCUAGGUGGCUUUCUACAGCAGGUCCUAUGGAAUUGGUGAAUAAGCUCAGCAGUUCUAGUACUGCUCCUCCUCCUGAGAAUGUAACAUCCAUAGCCGACUGCACUCCAGCAUCAUCAAAUCUUUCGGUGCCUGCAAAGGCUAAUCACGAAGAAGUUCAUGACAACGCUGGACCACAAGAUCCAAUAAGUUCACCAGCCUCACCCAUACAUGGAUCUGCAAGUGCAAAGUUACCACCCAUCCUGUCUUUCUCUCAGUUUAUCAACAGCGGGAAGGCAAAGGAGAACCUUGCAUCUGCAUCAAAGAGGCAAUCACCCGAUAGAGGUAAAAAUAAGUUAGAGAAGAGGAUGAGAUUUCAAUAGGAUUUUGAUUCUUGAGAAAUCUGACUGCAGAUUUUUGGCAAAGGAAAUCCCUGUAUAUUAGCACAAUUUUAGUGAGUGUUGUCAUGGUAUAAAAAUUCUAAACGAAUUUCUCUACUUUAAGCUAACAUUGAAAACCUUUUUGCUUGUUAAAAACAACAUAAAAAAUUCCUAA